AUCUAUUGCAAUCUUUUGCGAUCAAUUGUACUGCUUAGAUAAAUAGUCUGAAAGUGUCUCCACGUACGAUGUCAAGAGCGUCAAGAGGCCCGCUGAAAAAAUCGAGAACGAUCGAGAAGGCUGUGGUGUGAAGACAAGUUCUUUGUGUAUGAAAUUUGGAUUAAGCUUAUGUUUGUGGUAUAUGUAUUUCGCGUUACGGUAACAUAACGUUGAUUAUGACAGACGUGCAAAGUUUACAAAACACCCAGUUGGAAGGAAAGGAUAUUCAACUGUUUCGUGUCCGAAUGCGAGGCAUUUUCGAAAAAAUUGUGGCUUGUGUGAGUAUAGAUAAGUUUGAAGAGAUAUAUGGUGCAGCACUGCAGGGAAGACAGUCACGGACAAGGCAUCUCUACAAAAUAUGGCAGACUACUGCACUUGAUGGAAUGUUAAGGGAGUUGAAUGAAAUUAUCAUUGAAGAAAACCUGGAUGGAAAGCUAAAGGAGCGGGCAAGAAUUAUUGAAGAAUGUCAAGAGGACAAUGGUACAAUAGCAUGGAGACCACCUGGGAACCCCACAGAACAUGUCCGAUCAUUUGACAUGAAAGAGAAGAUCAAAAGAAGAAAACAACUUGAGGAUUUUGUAAAUAGUAAAGAAGUUGAAGUGGAUCAAUUGAAGAGAGAAGUGUCAGCUGGGCGUAUGCAUGUGUGCCAACUUGAAAAUGUUUUAGAUGAUCAAGUGAAAAAGCUCCACUCUUUUUUUGAAGGAGAGAAGAAACACCAAGCAGAGCUGCAAGCUCACUUUGACCUCCUAACAAAACAAGUGCGAUAGAAUCUUGCUGAUGAGUUUAAUGUAAGUGCAUUUAGUACACUGCUUAAUAUAAUAAACUAAUUUAGACUAACUCUGAACUAGUAAGAAUUGAGUAAGUAUAUGCAGCAGAAUAUGACUGAGCUUGAUAGCUUCACUACAUGCACAGAGCAAUUAAGAAUCUUAUUCUGUCAGGAUAACAUUGAAGUUCACAUCACUUCUUAACUCUGAAGUCCUCAAAGAACUUUGAACUCUUUAAUGACAUGUUUUUCUCUUUUAUAUCCUUUUACCUCCAUCUCUUCACUUUCAGCUUUCUUCCCGGUCACAAUUUUCCUCUCUUGAAUAAACUGAACAUAUUCUGAGUUGUAAGAUGUAAUUUAAUGUCUUUAUGAGCUUCUUGUAGUUCUUUACUGAAAUUAUCCAUGUACUCUUCACAUUCUACAAAUAACUGCAUCACUUUUCAAGUCUAUUAGUCAGCUCCGUCAACCUCCAACAAUGGGGUUUGCCCAUGAUAUUUCUGUUGUUGAUAGGCUCCAGCUUUUGGUCUUGCUGGCCCCAUUUAUAUAGAUUCAUUGAUGACCGAUGUUCCGUUCUGUAGUAAUGGACGCUUCUGCAGUACCUCAUUGGCUCCAAAAUUCUGACUUUAGCAUCAUGUCACAUUGUUCCCCCCUUAUAAUUGCUACGGUUGAGAAGCUUACAGUCAUUCUGCCAUUUGUUCUGCUCUGAGGGGGCCUCCACGGUACAAGUAUGUCUAUGACCAACAUUGCAAAUGGCAUCACACUGCCAUAUUGGUCCCAGUACUUGUCUUGUCUUUAUUCCUUGUACAAUCAUUGGACUACUGUAAGAAUCUUUCCAAGCCUGAGGUCCAGUGUAACAUUUUGUAACAGACUUUUGCCUCAUAUGCAACCACCAAGCUGGAGUAUCAUCUUUUGUUGGCUGUUCACAACCACAUAUUCAAUAUUUUCACAGCUACCCUUUAGAUCCGGUGGCCUGUCUCCUCCAUGAACAACCCAAGGACAUGGAGGAUUAUUACGCCUAGAUUCACUGUUAUGCAGUGUUACUGUUCAUUUAAAAUUUACCAGAUGGCAGAGUGUCUUUUCCUGGUGUUUGACAAUGGUGAUGAGGAUAA